CUGCGGGCAGCAUCACCCCUCCCUGGACAGCUGGGAAAGCAAUCAAAACGGCUGCCACUCAGUGGCUCCGGCCAGAGCGCAGGAGCUGCCCAGAGGCUGUGGUCCUGAAAACUCCACUCCAGGGAACUAACCAGGGAGAGGAGGUACUGAAGAUCGACUAAACCAGCUGCAACGGGCCAUCAGCCCAUAGGCGUCCUGGAGGAGUGUACGGAACGCCAAGGAAGGAGUAGAAUAAAUAGCAGUCAGAGAAACCAGACCCAGGGGCAUUGCUAAGAGGCAGUGGCCGGGUUUAACAUGGAUCACUAAAAGCACCUCCUCCUAUGAUCUGGAUGGUCAGGGAGACUUGGCUUCUCUGAGUCUCCUCCAGGACACAGAUUCACAGAGUUUCACGCCAGGGACUGCCACUGACAGAGAGUCUGGAAAUGGCAAAAACUUAUGUGAAACCCAAGGAGAUGACAGAGUUGGUCAACACACCAUCCUGGAUGGACAAAGGUCUGGGCUCUCAGAAAGAGAUGAAGGAGGAGGAGAGAAGACCAGCUGCUUAUGGGAUGCUUGGCAGCUUGGCUGAAGAGCAUGACAGUAUUGAGGAGGAAGAAGAGGAAGAAGAGGAUGGAGAGAAGCCCAAGAGACGAGGUCCCAAGAAAAAGAAGAUGACGAAAGCUCGCCUUGAGAGAUUCAGGGCUCGAAGAGUCAAGGCUAAUGCUAGAGAACGGACCCGGAUGCAUGGCCUGAACGAUGCCCUGGACAACCUGAGGAGGGUCAUGCCAUGCUACUCUAAGACCCAAAAGCUCUCUAAGAUAGAGACUCUUAGACUGGCUAGGAACUAUAUUUGGGCUUUGUCUGAGGUCCUAGAAACCGGACAAACACCUGAAGGGAAGGGCUUUGUGGAGAUGCUCUGUAAAGGGCUCUCUCAGCCCACAAGCAACCUGGUGGCUGGAUGCCUCCAGCUGGGCUCUCAGUCUGUCCUCCUGGAGAAGCAUGAGGAGAAAUCUCCUCUUUGUGACUCUACCAUCUCUGUCCACAACUUCAACUAUCAGUCUCCCGGGCUCCCCAGCCCUCCUUAUGGCCAUAUGGAAACACAUCUUAUUAAUCUUAAACCUCCAGUAUUCAAGAGUUUGGGAGAAUCAUCCUUCGGGAGCCAUCCACCUGACUGCAGUACACCACCUUACGAGGGCCCACUUACUCCCCCCCUGAGCAUCAGUGGGAACUUCUCCUUGAAGCAAGAUGGCUCCCCUGACCUGGAGAAAUCCUACAGCUUCAUACCACAUUACCCCUCUGCAAGUCUAAGCUCAGGGCAUAUGCAUUCAACUCCAUUUCAGGCUGGUACCCCCCGCUAUGAUGUUCCCAUAGAUAUGUCCUAUGAUUCCUACCCCCACCACAGCAUGGGAGCCCAACUCAACACAAUCUUCACUGAUUAGACCAGCAUUUCAGAGGAGGAUGUGGAGAUAUUUCCCAUAACUCAAGCGGUUGAGCUGAAGAUUCAGUGAUCUUAAUGGAACCCUAUAGAUGUAUAUCAAACACAAUAGUUCCAGUCUGGUUAGGCCUUCCUACACCUGUCACCCUCUUUUCUCAUCAACUUCUCCAAUUGUAUUGAUUAUUUAGGGUCCUCAAGUGAAGUUAUUUGGUUGUUUACAAUCAUGUGAAAAUAGAACAGAAGCCCUGGGUCCUAUUUUAGUGGUGCCAAAAACUCACUGAAUGAUCUAUGCCAAUUGAUUCUUCAUUUCUGGCCUCUGUGUACUUACUGGUAAAAUCAGGCAUUUGUUUUAAGUGUAGAUAAUUUAUAAAGUCCUUCAGAGUUCUGAAAAUCUGUGACUUUGGCGAUCACUCCUAUAAACUCCUAGAAACUGGAAGGAUUGGGAAUUAAUAGGAAAUGGACACUAUGUGUGGAAGGAUCAAGUGGAGCUGCCAAAGGAGCACCAGGUGCAUAUCUCUCCAGGACUUAAUGACAGGACUUCUUUGCAUCUAUCUAAAAAUAGCUUCCAGAGGCUAAACUUCUAACUUGGCUGUCACUGUGAAUAAUGUUCUUUAAGAGACUAGCUCUAUUUCUUGUUAGGCUGAAAGCCGAACAUAUCUUCCUUAGUAAUUUCAGAACUAUAAUAGAGAUCUCAUACCAGCUCGAUUCUUGAUAACAUUCCAAGAGCACUUUUCUCAGUAGUAGAGGUGGGGCAAGCAAAUCACUGAAACCUCAGGCGAUGACCAAUGGGACUUAGAGAAGUCAUCUAGACCAUUUCAUGAUGAAACUCAGGUACUGCUAUUGGAAUCAGCAAACAACAGAGGUCAAAUUCAAGAGCAAUACAAUGGCUGUUAGAUACUAACCCAUAGUUCGGGGACUCCCUCUAGCUCACACCUGCCCGUAAGGAAAACACUAGAGUUUCUUUGGCAAUAUGAAUUUCAUUUGGUUAAAGAAAACAUGGUUAAAACUUCACUGUGCUGUUGGGUCUGCCAGGACAAUUAUUUAAAACGAACCAGAAGCCUAAAUGGUUUACAUGAUGGUGGAUCACGUCCUGUUCUGACCAGACAGGAUGAGUGCAGGAAGCAGGCAAGGUAUCUAAACAGGGCAAAUGAAUAAAAAGUGAUAACAUGGAUUAGAAUAUCAUUUUCAACAGCUCAGCUACACCCUAAAACCUGUCAAACUAUUAGUGUAUCUUGACUUUUUACCUUCUUAUUUAUUAUCUCCUUAUAGUCUAAGCCAUCGUCUUUCCUUUUUUUCCUUGUAGCACUAACCCUGCUGUAUUUUGCACCCUUGGUUUGUAAAUCUACUUAAAAGUAUCCUUAAAGAGAGAUCUUAAACUCCAUCAGCCACCAAAGUUGUUCCCUUCACCACGAUUUGCCCUAGAAGGAACAGACAAGUAAAUUAUUUAUGACGCCAUCCUAUGUGCUUUCUGAGUCUACACUGGCACUUACAUUCCUAAGAGGCUGUGGGGGGAUCUAUUUUUUUUGAAGCUAGCAUUUUCUGGCAUUUAAGUUUGUAGAUAAUGAAUGUUUCCUGAGUUAUUCACUAGAUAAUAUUUAUUUAAAUUAUUUCUCCCUUCUUUCAUGCAAAUUCCUUGGGUUCUGUACAUGUGCUUACAAACCCUCCCUAAGAUGUUAUUUGGAAAGGAGUUCAUAAUUUUGCUAGGAAUUCCUGAAUUUUGGGGUGAGGGUUGGUGCAGAGUUACCUGUAACAGUUUUAUAAAAAGCAGCAAUAAUUUGAAUGGCUAUGCAAAUUAAUACUUUUAGAUGUUUUUCCCCUUCACUCUAAGAUGAGCCAGUUAUUUUUUUGGAAUCUGUUGUUUAUGUUGGGAAGUAUGGUACCCAUGAACUAUUAUGGUAUUGUUCAGAGAGACUUUAUAAUUGAAUUAAAAUUUGGAAAUGCAGUAUAAUUGGACAGAACCCACUGUCCAAUCCAGGGUGGUCUUAUUCUUCUGGGGGCUUUAUCUGAUAAUGCAAAGCAAUUUUAAAUAUUUUGUAAAAAAAUGUUUUUCCUUUUUUUUUUUUUCUAGCAGAAAUAAAGCUGUGAGUCUUAUUA